UCCUAAAAAAUUCGAGUUAGAAUCAGAUUCAACCGAGUCCAAGUCCAAGCUCCCAUCAAUGGGUUUCUCGAUCGAUAACUCGGUAACACAAUCCAACACCCGAACUCACAAAACCUUCCUUAUCAGCAACUAUUUCCUCUUGGGAACAGCUUCCAGCUGCAUCUUCCUCACACUCUCCCUCCGCUUAUUCCCUUCCUUAUGCGGCUUCUUCCUCAUCCUCCUCCACGCCAUCACCAUCGCCGGCGCCAUCACCGGCUGCUCCGUCGCCGUCUCCGGGUCCAACAGGUGUUACGCCGUUCACAUGGUGGUCAUGGUGCUGACGUCGAUAUUCCAAGGCUCCGUUUCGGUUCUCAUAUUGUCCCGAACUUCUGAUUUCUUGGGGUACUUGAAAUCCUACGUGAAGGAGGACGAUGGGGUUUUGAUAUUGAAGUUGGCAGGCGGGCUUUGCGUGGCGGUUUUUUGCUUGGAAUGGCUCGUGUUGGGACUUGGUUUUGUGUUGAGGUUCUAUGCUUUCGUUGAAGGUCAUCAAGGGGUCGUUAAUGGCGGACAAUCGUCGUUUCAGGGGAACGGGAAAGUUCAAGUUUAAAGAAAUUUCUCAGAUUUUUUAAAAUUAUUUUAAAG